AUGGAUCGACAUUCGUUUGAGAUUGAGAAUUCCCCGUCUCACCGGAGAUGCUAUCCAACUCCAGCCAAGUCUGAACACCAGUUUACCUCAUUUUCAAGCUCCAGCUCUCACCAGUUCUCUCAUUAUCAGACUCCUCGUAGAAGGCGGAACCCCACUCCCCCCCCAUCCACACCUUUUGCCUCUGACUAUGACAGGUCGUGGCAAGGCGAGCUCUCGUGGCAGUUUGAACCAACCGGAUGGCAAGAAAACCGUAACCUUGGGGCUACACUCAGUCCUUUUACAGCCAAUGCUGCUACUCCAGCUAGUACCAGUAGCAGAAUUUUCAGGAGAUCAGCUAAUGAUUAUUAUCUUUCGCAUACUUAUGGUGGUUUCGAAAGCUUUAUUAAUCCAUACUAUGAUUAUUCUCACUCGGGGUAUCAUCCGGUCCCUUUGGGGAGGAUUGAGCUGCAGAGUUAUGUUGAAAAAAAUUCAAUUUUUGAGAGGAGUUACACUUUUGGUGAACAUGCUGCGAAAUCUACCGAAGUUCCUAUCAUGGCAAGUUUCAACGAAGGGAAUGCUGGAACUCCAAGUACUUCGGCUGGAAAAGAUGAGUUUAGUAUGAUUGAUUACGAUGAUAUCAGUCAUCAUCGGGACUGCCAGCAGCAUGAUGACCCAAGAUGGUUUUCUGUAUCGCAUGCUUAUAUUGAAGAAAAAGUCGGGGAUGAUCAUGGAGGGAUGUCAAAUUACCAUGAAAUGUCACACCAUAGAUAUAUUGAUAAUAGUCAACAGAAUCAUAGCCAAAAUAUUGGCACUUAUGAGCAGUCCCCUAAUUAUUUACAUAGAGUGGAUGAUGGAUAUGGUGACUUAAGUCCGGAGUCAGCAUUUGGUGAAGAGGAUGAUGACGAAGAUGAUGUGGUGGCACCACAGUCAGUGGGGCUAUAUGGCUUAUUCAAGUACUCGACAAAGUUCGAUUUAGUUCUUGUGUUAUUGGGUUGCUUGGGAGCAUUUAUCAAUGGGGGGUCUCUUCCUUGGUAUUCUUAUCUUUUUGGCGAUUUUGUUAACAAACUUGCCCGAGGACCAAACAAUGACAAACAUCAGAUGAUGAAAGAAGUGGAAAAGAUAUGCUUGCUUAUGACUGGAUUGGCAGCACUGGUAGUGGUGGGAGCUUACUUGGAGAUUACUUGCUGGAGAAUGGUUGGGGAGAGAUCGGCACAUAGAAUAAGAACAGCGUAUCUGAGAGCAGUUCUUCGACAGGAUAUUGGAUUUUUCGACACUGAGAUUAGUACCAGUGAUAUCAUGCAUGGAAUCUCAAGUGACGUCGCACUAAUCCAGGAAGUGAUGGGGGAGAAGAUAGCCCAUUUUGUUCAUCACAUAUUCACCUUCAUCUGUGGUUACAUGGUCGGUUUCUUGAGAUCUUGGAAGGUGUCUCUGGCAGUUUUUGCUGUCAUCCCUUUAACGAUGUUCUGUGGUAUUGCUUAUAAGGGUAUCUAUGGUGGCCUAACUGCAAAAGAAGAGAACUCUUACAGGAAAGCUUGUAGCAUUGCAGAGCAAGCCAUAAGUUCUAUCAGAACUGUAUUUUCCUUUGUGGCCGAGGAUAAUUUGACUGCAAAGUAUGCCGAUUUGCUCGAGAGAUCAGUGCCAUUAGGGGCAAAAAUUGGGUUUGCCAAAGGUGCAGGAAUGGGGAUAAUUUAUUUGGUUACUUUUUCAACAUGGGCAUUGGCUUUCUGGUAUGGCUCGAUUUUAAUUGCAAAGGGAGAACUAUCGGGAGGUGCUGCCAUCGCAUGUUUCUUUGGCGUCAAUGUUGGCGGCAGGGGAUUGGCACUGUCACUGUCAUACUUCGCACAGUUUGCGCAAGGAACUGUAGCAGCUAGCAGAUUAUUCGAAAUUAUUGACAGGAUUCCACAAAUUGAUCCUUAUAGUCCCGAGGGAAGGAAGCCAUCGAGUACACGAGGGAAAAUUGAAUUCAAAGGUGUUUAUUUUGCCUAUCCCUCUCGUCCAAGUGUCCUGAUUCUCCAAUCUCUUAACUUAGUGAUCCCAGCUUCAAAGACUCUAGCAUUGGUUGGCGCCAGUGGGGGUGGCAAGUCAACAAUUUUUGCUCUUAUAGAGAGGUUCUACGAUCCAAUCCAGGGUUACAUCACCUUGGACGGUCAUGAUUUGAGGACAUUGCAAGUUAAAUGGCUAAGAAAUCAGAUAGGUAUGGUCGGUCAGGAACCGGCCCUUUUUGCAACAACCAUACUAGAAAAUGUGAUGAUGGGGAAGGAGCAUGCCACCAAGAAAGAGGCUAUUGAAGCUUGCAAGGCAGCUAAUGCUCAUAAUUUCAUCUCUGGCCUUCCACGAGGCUAUGAUACCGAGGUUGGGGAUAAUGGAACACAAGUAUCUGGUGGUCAAAAACAGCGCAUUGCACUUGCUCGAGCUAUGAUAAAAGACCCUACAAUUCUUCUCUUAGAUGAGGCCACAAGUGCCUUGGAUCCAGAGUCCGAAAGUGUGGUUCAAAAGGCCAUUGACAAGAUAUCCGUAGGAAGAACUACGAUUAUUAUUGCUCACAGGCUGGCUACUGUCCGCAAUGCUGACAUAAUUGUUGUGCUUGACCGUGGUUUUGUUGCUGAGAGAGGUAACCAUCAGCAACUGAUGGAAAAAGCCGGAUCCUAUUUUAAUCUUGUCAAGAUGGCUUCAGAAGCACAACCUGUGGUGAAGGAAAAUGAAGUGCAGAGCAAUAUGGAUUUUACUCAUUAUGAGAAAUCCAUGUGUAGUAUAUCAAGGACAACGGAUAUAUAUGAAAUAUCAAGAUCCAACUACCUGAAAUCAAGGCAAGAAAACCAAGUACUGGAGAAAGAAGAAGAGAAACCGAAGUUGAGAAAGUAUCGACUUAAAGAUGUUUGGAACCUUCAGAGACCUGAACUUACCAUGCUGUUAGUGGGGUUCCUCUUGGGUAUGCAUGCAGGUGCAAUUCUCUCCAUCUUUCCCUUGGUGCUCGGCCAAGCGCUUAAGGUCUACUUUUUUCCCAACAUGCAUAAGUUGAAAAAGGAAGUUGGAUACCUUUGCUUGACGCUGAUUGGACUAGGAUUUGGAUGUAUAAUCUCCAUGACACUCCAGCAAGGCUUCUGUGGUUGGGCAGGUACAGGGCUCACUAGACGAGUAAGGGAUCUUCUGUUUCAAGCUAUAUUAAGACAAGAACCCGGGUGGUUUGAUUUCAGUGAGAAUUCCAUGGGGGUACUCGUGUCUAGGCUUUCAAUAGAUUGUGUCAGUUUCCGGUCAGUUCUUGGUGAUCGUUUUUCUGUCCUGCUAAUGGGCUUCAGUGCAGCAGCUGUUGGCCUUGGGGUGUCUUUUUUUCUUGAGUGGAGAUUAGCUUUGUUGGCUGCUGCUCUCACUCCAUUCACACUGGGCGCGAGUUAUUUCAACCUAAUCAUCAACGUUGGGCCAAAAUUAGAUAAUGGUUCAUAUGCCAGGGCUAGUAGUAUUGCUGCAGGUGCAGUGUCAAAUGUAAGAACGGUGACCACAUUUGGAACACAGGAACGAGUAGUUCAAUCUUUCGAUCAAGCUUUAUCUGAGCCUAAAAGGUUGUCCGUAAAAAGAUCACAAAUUCUUGGAUUAGCUCUUGGCAUUUCUCAAGGUGCCAUGUAUGGAGCCUACACCCUAACUCUGUAUUUUGGGGCUUACCUUGUAAAACAAGGGUAUACAGAAUUUGGAGAGGUAUAUAAGAUUUUCUUGAUACUUGUCCUCAGCUCAUUCUCCGUUGGACAACUCGCUGGCCUAGCGCCAGAUACUUCUAUGGCGUCAACGGCAAUACCAUCUGUUCUCAAUAUCCUUAAUCGUAAGCCUUUAAUAGGCAACGAUAGCCAGAAAGGUAGGAAGAUUGGAAGCUCGAAGCCAUUUGAUGUCAACUUCAAGAUGGUGACAUUUGCAUACCCAUCUAGACCAGAAGUAAUUGUGUUAAGGGAUUUUAAUAUCAAAAUAAAAGGCGGAACAAUGGUGGCUUUUGUAGGGGGAAGUGGAUCGGGAAAAUCAACCGUGAUAUGGAUGAUACAGAGGUUUUAUGAUCCAAUUAGGGGAAAGGUACUAUUGGAAGGGGUGGAUUUGAGGGAGCUUAAUUUGAAAUGGUUAAGAAAGCAAAUGGCUUUAGUAGGUCAAGAGCCGGCACUAUUUGCUGGGAGCAUAAGAGAGAACAUUGCGUUCGGGAAUCCUAAUGCUUCAUGGGUUGAGAUUGAAACAGCUGCAAAAGAAGCUUAUGUUCAUAAGUUCAUCUGUAGCCUUCCUCAAGGCUAUGAAACAGAGGUAGGUGAGAGUGGGGUACAGUUAUCAGGUGGUCAGAAGCAGAGGAUUGCAAUAGCAAGGGCUAUACUAAAGAAAUCAAAGAUUCUAUUACUCGAUGAAGCUAGCAGUGCACUCGACUUCGAAUCUGAGAGACAUGUCCAAAGCGCGUUCAAGAAGCUGUCUAAGCGCUCCACUACCAUCGUGGUGGCUCAUCGACUUUCAACCAUUAGAGAAGCUGAUUAUAUUGCUGUUUUGAAAGAUGGCGCAGUGGCAGAAUAUGGAAACCACGAUGAGUUAAUGGCUUCCCAUCUUGAUGGCAUCUACGCUAACCUGGUUCGUAUAGAAACAGAAGCAAAUGCAUUGUCCUGAACUUCUUAUGCUGUCCAAAAUCUAGUCAGGGCACAGUUUUCUCAAUGGUGAAUC